AAUUCUUGACGAGAUUAUUGCAGUGUUUCCCAUCGGAUUGGUAUCCUGGUGCACACUGCGCAAACUCGAAGUGUGUGUCGUGUCUUCAGUGAAUUUGCAGUGCUGUCGGUCUGCAACAAUUGAGAACAGUAUGUCAAAUCCGUGUCAUGUUUUGCGAGUGAAGGCGCUUUAUCGACGAAUACUGUUUCUGCACAAAUUUCUGCCUGUGCACUUGAAAGCCUUGGGAGAUCAGUAUGUAAAAGACGAAUUUAAAAGAAACAAAAAGGCCAGCCCUGAGCAAGCACAGAGUUUUCUGGCAGAAUGGGAGAUAUAUAAGGACACACUACAAAACCAGGUGACAGAGAUUUUGAGAAAUAAGCCAAAUGGAAUUCAAGUUGGAGUGAACCUUACAGAUGCACAGUUAAACCAGUUUCAAGAAGAACAGAUUGGGCAAUUGUAUCAGCUGAUGACAGAAUCAACCAAACCUUGUCAACAGUUUAAUAUUCAGGACAGUCCUGAUCACAAGUGAUCACUGCAUUGUUUCCAGGAUGCCAAGAAAGACAUUUGAUUUUCUCUUGCAAAGGAAAAAUGUGCCAUGAUUUUGUGUUCCUCUUCAUACUGUAAAACACCUCUCCUGUAAAAGCACAUUUGAUUUCUUUAGUGUUUAAUAUGUACAUACAGCACAUCCUAACUGGGAUGCCAGUCUAUCACUUGGCACAUUCACUCACCCACAAAUACUCAUUAGCACUGGGCCAGUUUCGUUUUACAAAUCAAUCCAAAUGCAUCUCUGUACUAUGGGAGGAAAGCUACUUGAGCACACGGAGAUCAUGUACUGUAAAACACGCACCUCUACUGUCUGCACCACCAUGUUGCCCAGUAAAUUCUCAGCGUAUUCCUUACAAAGAUUAUCAGCAUUGUUUAUUAAAUGGAAGGCCUUAAUUAAAUGAUUUAGCUUAUACAGUAUUGGUCAUCUAAUUUUAAUAAUAAAUGGUAUUUUAAAACCCUUGGACUAUGACCUCCUAUCAGCUUAAUAAAAAAGUUAAAAAAAAUUACAGAACUGGAUAGCUUACACUGAAAAAAAAUGUGUAACAUCAAACAAUGUUCUCUCUUAAAUUCUUUUUAAAAGUUUAAAAUCAAACAAUGUUUGAAACUUCCAAGAUAUUUAGAGAAGUGUACAGGAGGAGUGAUGUAGAAUUUAAUUUUCCAUUCAAUUUCGAACUUGCAAAACUCAUAUAUUUGGGCCAAACAAAAGCAGUAAAGAAUUUAUACAAUUCUGUUUUUUAUGGCUAUUAUGUGUGUUUUGUUAAUUUAAGAUUUGAAGACUUUAAUUUUUCUUAACAUUUUCCAAAAAUAGUAGUAUUUAUUAUUUUGCCUAUUUUUCUAAGAAUGUACUGUAUCAUGGAAAUAUUGUAUUAUGAAUUCUGUAUCACAAUAUGCAUUGUGUCUGGAUUAAAUGAAUCGACACCUGCCCAGUAUAGAUCUAUAUUGGGCUUGGAGAAGAAUGUGCCCACAGUCAGGGUACCACAUUCAACCUAGUGGUGCUGUUACCAGUUGUAUAGUAAAACACUUGAUUGAGAAGGUGAUAGAGUUGAAAACCUAAAUGACCAAAGCCGAUCAAAUCACACUCGUAACUAACUUUUCGAUUGCACCAACCACCACCACAAGAUGACUGACAGAUGAAAUCAGUGGUAUGACAGACAAUAAACACUUGACAAUCUCA